ACUAGUCUCGAGGGUCUUUAUGGAUCAACUCCUUUUCUCUCUUUCCCUGGAACCAACAAAAGUAGUAUACCUUGGACUCAUUAUACCUCUAUGCCACUUUUACUUCCUCCUGGGUUAGUGGUAAGUUCACUAGCCUACUUGGCUAGUCGAUUGGUAGUCUGCGAGUCAACUCAUCGAACCUCAGGAUUUGGCCUAUGUCUUGCCUUGCCUAUCCCGUCAGCUAAUUAUGAUAAUGGCACAAAUUCACAACUAUAUGAUAGCCUUGAGCAGGGUCUACAUCAGUUAUACAAUAUUGUAUGUGACCAUGCAGCCCGUGUGCUCCAACUAGCCUGGCGACUUCGUAUUUCACUCCGCAUUGCUUCACGUUCAGCCAACAGAUGCCAGCCUCCACUUUUUGAUCAGGAUUCUACUUUUGAUGGACAGGCCAGGCUGCAGCUCACUCCUUGCACGCAAUCCUCAGUUAAGGAACAGUCGUGCACACCUAGGUAA